AUGAAUGCUAUUCGUCAAACUCAAGCGCUCAACAAGCGGGAACUUGAAAAUGCAGUGCCACCUGAAGCUUCCUGGCACGCAGAUUAUCGGGAUACGGCCUACAUUUACAUAGGAGGCCUGCCAUUCGAUCUCUCAGAAGGCGACAUCAUAACAAUUUUCUCACAGUAUGGAGAGCCAGUACAUGUGAAUCUGAUACGAGACAAAGAAACCGGGAAGAGUCGGGGGUUCGCGUUUCUAAAAUAUGAGGACCAGCGCAGUACAGAUUUGGCUGUUGAUAAUUUGGGCGGGGCGACAGUCUUGGGCAGGAUGCUUCGAGUGGACCAUGCGAGAUACAAGAAACGUGACGACGAAGAAGACGUGGAUAACGUCGCGAAACUGAUGGGCGAGACUACUGAUCGGAAUUCAAGGGGUGGGGAUACUGACGACGAAAGGAGAAGACGCAAGAAGCGAAGGUCCAGCGAAUCCAGAGAGGUUGAGGCGGGGAGUCGGCCCCUGCUCAAGGAAGAGAAAGAACUUCAGGAGUUGAUGAUGAACCAUGAUGACGAGGACCCCAUGAAAGAAUAUCUCAUCGAAGAAAAGAAGGAAGAAGUCGCGCGUGCUCUUGAACGCGAUCGAGUCGCCAUCACCGCCAUGGUCAUCACCGUUACCGAGACGAGGAUCGAUCUCGUUCCCGAGAACGGAGGCAUCGGCGUGAUCGGUCACCAUUCAGAGAGGAGCGUUCCUACAGAGACAGAUCAUCAUCGCGGAGAGAAAAAUCUCACAGGGAGAGAUCGCCUGUGCGCUCCCGAACCUCAGAACCACGAAGGGAUCGUGAAAGAGACGAUCGUCGACGUUGAUAAGGAAUCAAAUGAUCAAUUGUUGCUGCGUCAGUCCGUUCUCUAG